AUGUUAGCAGGACGUAAGUUCAAAAAAAUUGUUGCCAACAGGCUCUCCAAGAACUUUCGAGAAGCCACUUCCAUUGUGGAGGCCGUGGUGCCCAACGAACUCAAGGGAACGGAGCUGCUCGUGCGGAAUGUGUUUGUGGGCAUCAAUGCGAGCGACGUUAACUUCACGGCGGGCGUAUACCAACCAGGCGUGAUUCCCCCGUUUGAUUGCGGCCUUGAGGCGCUCGGCGAGGUCGUCGCGGCGGGGGAGAAUGUCAAAGGCAUCGCUCCAGGCGACGCGGUGGCCACGCAAAGCUAUGGCGCAUUUUCAGAAUACCAGGUCGUCCCCUCCCGGCAUGCACGAAAGGCGCCAUCACUGAAGGUCGGAUAUCUGCCGUUGAGCCUGAGCGGGGCGACCGCGUUGAUCGCGCUCCGGGACGUCUUGAAACCUCAAAAAGGUGAGCGCGCCGUGGUAACGGCCGCCUCAGGCGGCACGGGGCAGUUCGCGGUUCAACUCCUCAAAAACCUGUACGGGUGCACCGUCGUCGGGAUGUGCUCUUCGCCGCGUAAGGCGGAGUUCCUCACUUCGUCGUUGAAAUGCGACGCCGUGAUCAACUACAGGGCGGAACGCGGCAUUGCAGACGCCGUGCAUCGAGUGUAUCCGCUCGGCGCCAACAUCGCGUACGAAUCGGUAGGUGGCGACGUGCUGGAUGCGGUCGUCCAAGCCAUGGCAUUUCGAGGUCGCAUCCUUUCCAUCGGUAGCACCGUAAAUUACACAGGCGAAAAUGAAUCCUAUGCACCGCGAAAAUCAAACGUCUUGAGCCUUGCAUUGCUGUCACACAGUGCCACGCUGCAUACCUUUUUCCUCCCGCAUUUUGCCAAACACAUAACCAGGGGCUUUAACGAGUUGUGUGGGCUUUACGAGCAAGGCGUCAUUAAGAGCUUUGUCGACUCGACAGAAUUCAAAGGCAUUGAGAAGGUGUAUGAUGCUAUUGACCACAUGUAUGCACGGAAAAACAUUGGAAAGAUUGUUGUGGAGCUCUAG